GAAAGGCUACGAGAUGCGCUAAACUACAUUAUUCAACCUACAGCACAUAUAAAACACAGUCUCCACAACAAUGAUAAUUACACAAUGACAAUAAAGUCAGAUUUAAAUUAUAUACGCACUGUUUUUGCUUCCCUUUCCGUGUGCAGGAAGUUCCGACUGGAUAACGUAUUUGCAGUGUUGAUUUCGAGGUGACAUCUUUGCUCGGCUGCACGGUUGAAUAAGAUAGCAAGCUAGCUCUAAACGGAGGUAACAGUUCGAGGUAAACAAACGCGUUAGAAAACACAGAUUUGAUAUCAUAGAAAACGGAUAUCUAUGGAAAAUGUAAAGGGACUAUACUGCGUUCAGUGAGAACAGACACUAUGUCAGCUUUGUUGUUGCAGCACCGCGCUGGCCUUUGUAGAAAAUACAGUAGAGGUUUAUUGUGGACGCUAUCAAGGCAAAACUCUCAUAUUUUAGCAAACAGGCCGAUAUCCAGCGGCAGUGUUCACAAUGUGCUGUCCAGAUGCGCUAAUGUCAGGAAGAGGCUUCUGUCCACACAGCGGACACGGACAAGUGAGCAACAGAAACUCAUUCAGAGUCUUCUCCACAGACCCUUGGGUCCUGGCUUGGUGGGAAUGAGCAAAGAGUUAAUCAGGAGCAACCUGCUGAGGAACCCUGUUGGUUUGGCAAAUCUAUUAGGCGCAAUUAACUUCUUCAGUACUUCUCAAUCUAAAAAAGAGAAAAAUGAAAGUAAUGGACCAAAGGGAAAAACUCCAGAGGAAGAUGAAGAGGAGAAGAAACGUCGUGAGCAGGAGGACCAGAUGUACCGGGAGCGCCUGCGGACCCUCUUUAUCAUAGCGCUCAUCAUGAGCCUGCUGAACUCAAUUAAUACCAGUGGUGGCAACAUCUCUUGGAAUGACUUUGUCAAUGAGAUGCUGGCCAAGGGAGAGGUGUCACGCGUGCAAGUCGUCCCUGAGAGUGACAUUGUAGAAAUCUACCUUCAUCCUGGAGCAGUUAUCUUUGGGAGGCCUAGGCUGGCGCUCAUGUACAGAAUGCAGGUUGCCAACAUUGACAAAUUUGAGGAGAAGCUGAGAACUGCUGAAGAAGAGUUGAAUAUUGACACUAAGGACAGGAUACCGGUGUCCUACAAACGCACUGGAUUCUUUGGAAAUGCAGUCUAUGCUCUGGGGAUGGCUGCCGUUGGCGUGGCUAUUCUCUGGUAUAUCUUUCGGCUAGCGGGCAUGGGGGGCAGAGAGGGCGGCUUCAGUGCUUUUAAUCAGCUGAAGAUGGCCAAGUUCACCAUCGUGGACGGCAAGUCUGGUAAAGGUGUGAGUUUCAAAGAUGUAGCGGGCAUGCAUGAGGCUAAGAUGGAAGUGAAGGAAUUUGUUGACUACCUCAAGAAUCCAGAGCGAUACCUGCAGCUGGGAGCCAAGGUUCCCAAGGGUGCAUUGCUGCUUGGGCCUCCAGGCUGCGGGAAGACCCUGCUGGCUAAGGCUGUAGCCACUGAGGCCCAGGUGCCUUUUCUGGCUAUGGCUGGCUCUGAGUUUGUGGAGGUAAUUGGAGGCCUGGGUGCUGCUAGGGUCAGGAGUUUGUUCAAGGAAGCUCGAGGCCGAGCACCCUGCAUUGUCUACAUCGAUGAGAUUGACGCUGUGGGAAAGAAGCGCUCCACCAACAUGUCGGGCUUCUCCAAUACUGAAGAGGAGCAGACCCUCAACCAGCUGCUGGUAGAGAUGGAUGGAAUGGGAACGACAGACCACGUCAUUGUCCUUGCGUCCACUAACAGGGCAGAUAUUUUGGACAAUGCUCUCAUGAGACCGGGCAGACUGGAUAGGCAUAUCUUUAUAGAUCUGCCUACACUGCAGGAGAGGAAGGAGAUCUAUGAACAACAUCUGAAGAUUUUGAAGCUGACCCAACCAGCUAAUGUCUACUCUCUGCGUCUGGCUGAGCUCACCCCAGGCUUCAGUGGUGCAGACAUCGCUAAUAUUUGUAACGAGGCUGCCCUGCAUGCUGCCAGAGAGGGCCACAAGUCCAUCGAUACCUUUAACUUUGAGUAUGCAGUGGAGAGAGUAAUAGCAGGAAGUGUAAAGAAGAGCAAGAUCCUGUCUAAAGAGGAGCAAAGGGUGGUUGCCUUCCAUGAGUCUGGACAUGCCUUAGUGGGAUGGCUACUUGAGCACACAGAGGCAGUCAUGAAGGUGUCCAUUGCCCCGCGGACUAAUGCAGCCCUGGGAUUUGCCCAGAUCCUACCUCGGGACCAGUACCUGUUCACCAAGGAGCAGCUGUUUGAACGAAUGUGUAUGGCUCUGGGAGGAAGAACUGCUGAGGCUAUCAUCUUUAACAAGGUUACAACAGGAGCUCAAGAUGACUUGCGUAAGGUGACUCGUGUGGCCUACUCUAUGGUGAAGCAGUACGGCAUGUGUGACAGUCUUGGCCAGGUCUCGUUCCCAGACACAGAGGAGCAAGGUGCCAUUGGACGCCGUCCUUUCAGCCAGGGCCUGCAGCAGCAGAUGGACCACGAGGCUAAGAUGUUGAUAGCCCGUGCUUACAGGCACACAGAGAAGCUGCUACUGGACAACAAAGACAAGCUGACACUGUUGGCCAAUGCGCUGUUAGAAUGCGAGGUAGUGAACUACGAUGACAUUGAAGCCUUGCUGGGUCCCCCACCCCAUGGGCCCAAAAAGAUGAUCGUCCCGCAGAGCUGGUUGGAGGCAGAGAGGGACAAACAAGACACGGGAGAAGACGAACCUCCACCACCUCCCCGCAAACGCAGAGAAGAGGAUGUGGAUCUACAGCCGGUCUGAUCUUAAAGUGUAUGUCUCAAAGUUGUUUUACAACUGCGGCAUUGUGUGGUGGUGAUCUGGGGCUUGGUGGAUUUUUAUAAAACCUUGGGACUUGUUUUGCAGUUAGCUGAACCAUUUAGAUCAUCUGAAACAGGGCCAGUGAAUCUUAGAGGAUGAUUAUUUUACAAUGAAUCGCAAAUUUUCUUGUAUGCUUGCUGCACAGCUAUAUUAUUAUGCCAUGGGAGCACACAACAAAACACGUCUAUUUAAGCAGAACCUUUGCUGUGUCUGCAAAUGGCAUCGCAAAAGAAUCGUUAGCUAUUUGUAACUCAGGUCAUUCUAUACUGACAUGCACCAAAUAUAUUUACAUUCACUCAGGUGACUCACAGCUACAAACACAUUAAGGUCCGCAUUAUUGAGUUUGGUAUUUAAGUGAACUGCGGUAAAGAAUUAUAACAGAUUGUAGUAGAUUGCUGUGGACAUUUGUACAUAAUAGUAUGCACUAAAGUAUUUUUUUGAGUGGGCUGAAACAGAAAUGGUAAGGAACAAGUGAAACUGCUGUCCAUCAAUGAGGAAAUUAGAUUUUGAAAUACGCCUUUUGGCAGCAGGUAUUACUCCACACACCCUCUCACCGCGAGACAUACAGAUUGUGUCAAUAGACUGAAGAGGUUGAGCUUGUGUUUUCUUUGAAAAAUGUCUAUGUAUUAGGUUUGAUUGCCACAUGUGAAUAAAGUCCCACAGGAUGGUGUUGGUAAAUAUUCAAAUAAAGUUUUAUUUAAAUAUUG